AAGAAAUUGCAUUGCAUGUCAGAUAACAAUCCACCUCCAGAUAAAGAUAAAGGUGCAGAAGAUUUUUACUUUCCACUGACAACUGAAGAGCCUGUGCGUCGGCCAUGGCUUCGAACAGAGUUAAAAGAUCUCAAUGACGAUAUUGCAGACGACCUUGAUCAACUAUCCAUUGAAGAUGACGACGAUACGACAGACACCAGCGAUGAUGAUGAUUCUGAAGAUGACAGCAGUAAAAAUAAGAUUAAACAAUUUGUUGAAGAAGAAGAACAUGAGGCAGAAUCUUUGGUGGAUUGCCUUGCCCAAGAAAUGGCAGACUAUGAAGCUAGAUUGAGCGGAGAAGCGGAAGAAUAUGAACAACGUGUGGCUAAUGCUGAAUCCGAAGAUGAAUUAUUAGCUGACGAUCCUGAAUUAUUACGCCGGACGGAAAGCAAUCGGUAUAUUCCCUUUGAAGAAGAUAUUAAACCAGUUCAACGUCCAGAGGACCAUCUUGUGGAUUCCGGUAUGGACAAAGAUUUGCUGGUCUUUUCGGAUCAGGUAUCGACCAUUGAAGACGUAAAUCGUGUAGUGACAGUACAGUAUUAUGGGGCUGGUAAAAGUGGUGUCAUGCCAAAUAAUUAUCGAAACAAACGCACACCCAAAAUCUACUUGGUGGCUUGUGACUUUAGUAAGGAAAGUUUAUACGCCAUGGAAUGGACAAUGGGGGCCAUGAUGCGGGAUGGGGAUCAGCUCCAUGUAGCCACAGUUGCUAAUCGUGAAGAUAAUCCUGAGGGAGUGAAAGCUAGCGGCCUUGACCAAGAAGGCGAGGUAGGAAAGAAACGUUUAUUACUCUCAGCAUUAUCACAUAUUUACUUUGUUUUUGUAGUUGCAUGCACUUUCAAAAGCUCUCUUGGCGGAAGCUAAAAAGAAAAUGGGGCAAAUGAUGUUAUUUAACAUCAAAUUGGUGACACAUGCUAUGGUAGGCCGUAUCAAGGAUGUUUUAAGGGCUUUAGUAAGGUUCCUUUUCUAUUAUUAUUCUUUUUACUUUACUGGUACUCGAACAUACUAACUAAUGAUAUGUAUAGACUCGUGAAACAGAUUAUACUUU